AUGAGGCCAAAAAAAAGCGCAUUCAAAUUAGCGCAGCGGGGAGAGAGACACCUCCUCCACGGUAACAGCGAGGUGAGCAACUUUUACGGAAUUAGCGAAAGCGGGUUUAGCAACAGCCGACCGCCGCCGUACCUACUCCGCUUUGACAAGUGCAAUGAUAUCAUAGCGUAUACAAACGAAGUAGAUAGCGAGUGUUUGAAGCAAAUAAAAAACCUAGCCAUGCUGGACAUCAUAAAAGGACAUGUGACCAUCCUGCCAGAUGUACACUUAGGGAAAGGAAUCAUAAUCGGCUCUGUAUUUUUAACGAAAGAUUUUAUCAUCCCCAACGGGGUUGGAGUGGACAUAGGAUGUGGCGUUUUGUGUGUUAAAAUUAACAAGUUAAAAAAGAAAAAUCUCCGUGAGCAUAUCAUAAAUAAUAUAUACAAGAAGAUAAAGCGGAACGUCCCUUUGAGUUUCGAUUCGCAUGAGAAGGAAGUGUUUGAUGCAAAAAAGGUGCUGGACGGGUUGGUGGCCAAGUAUGCCAGCCGCAACAUGGCUCAUAUAAUGACCCCUAGGCAUUUGAAGCAGAUGGGGACGCUAGGCGGAGGGAACCACUUUAUCGAAAUUGCCUACGACGCGUCGGAUGGUGGAGAGGAAGCGCUGAGUGGAAACCAAUCGGGAGAGACCCACCAAAAUGACGCCCCCCACAGCUACACAUCCGAACAAAACCAUUCCCCCGAAUCUGACAUUUACAUUUUAAUACACUCGGGGAGCAGGAACAUCGGGAAGAGGACAGCCGAAUUUUAUGAUGAGUUGGCUAGCCAAGAAAGCAAAGUAAAAAGAAACGACCUAGCCUAUCUAGAUUUGAAAAAAGAACAGGGACAAAAUUACCUAAAGGAUAUGCAGCUAUGUUUAGAGUAUGCAAAAUGUAAUCGAAUUUACAUGAUGAAGAUUAUCGAAAGAAUUAUCUACGAAGAAGUUAACUGCACAUUGGAUUGGCAAAGCGUCAUAAACAUACACCACAAUUUUUGCAAUCAAGAAUUGGUCACCUAUGUCCACAGUGGGGAAGUCAAAAGGGAAUACAUGUACGUAACAAGGAAAGGAGCAACCUCAUCGAAAAAAAAUCAAUUAGGCGUCAUCCCGGGAAAUAUGAAGGUCGGUUCUUAUAUCGUCCGGGGAAAGGGCAACAAGCUAUCCUACAGUUCCUGCUCCCAUGGUUGUGGCAGGGUGCUAAGCAGAACGCAUGCAAAGAAAAUUAUUAAUCAAACCGAUUUUGUAAACAUCAUGAGGGGCGUGCGAUGUGACACGAACGCCAGAAUUCGCGACGAGGCUCCUCAGGCGUAUAAAAAUUUGGGCCAGGUUUUGCGAAACCAAGAUUCGCUUGUACAUGUCGUUCGACGGCUUCUCCCCCUGAUUAACGUCAAGGGGGAGUAGUCGCGCCGCCGGGGUGGAGCAGCGUGGGUACAGCGGCGAGGGUGUGCAGAUACAUGCCCUACGCACACGUACCGCUUAAGUGUGUAGCUUUUUUCUGUCAGCAUGUGACGCUAGCUGGGUUUGUUCCUGUUAUGUUGUAGUUAUAACGUCUCUUUUAUUUUAUUUUAUUUUAUUAUUUUUAUUUUUUUAUUUUAUUUUAUUUUUUUAUUUUUAUUUUACUUUUUUUUUGUUGUUUUUUUUCCCCAUUCAAUAUCAGCCCCAUUUGUUCAUUUACCACUUUGUCAUACUUCGAACGAGGCGGAAACUUUUUUCGUGGGCGAUCUUUUGAAGAACUCCCCCCACGCAAAAAAGCAAAAAGGUGGUAUUCGCCCCUUUUUUAAGAAGCGGCGUGUUACGUUUUCCCUUUUUUUAUUUAUUUAUUUUUUUUUCUGUCCUUUUUAAUGUCUUUUUAACCCUCUACAAUUAGCCGCCAUUUUUCACCUUCUUUACAAAAGCGUGGCGCGUUUCUUUUCUCCAUUUCGCGUCACUUCAGA